AUGUCUACCUCUCCGUCCCGAUCGUCGUCGCCCGCCGUGACUGCCAAUCCUAAUCACCAGAUUCCCUUCAACAGCGCUCCUGUCCAUCAUGCACCUAGUCCGCUCGGCUUUGGCUUUGGCUUUGGCUCCUCCUUCGGCGGAAACAAUGCUACUACCUCUUCUCUAGCAAAUUCUUCCGCAACAACGCCAAUGUUUGGUUUUGGCGCGUCUGCCUCUGCUCACACGGGCCCACAAUCCACCACAACCAGCCCUUCGAGACGGUCCGAUGCGAAACGUCGCCGCGAUCUCGACGAGGACAAUGACGACGUUGAUGAAGAUGAGGACAUGGCUCAUCCUCAGCGCCCUCGCCUGGGGUCUGAUCCUUUUGCUCCCUCGCAUGAGCACAAGCGAGUCGUGUUGCUUAAGCGAAUGCGAGCUGGGCUCGGAUUUGGACUAAUCAACGCCGAAGCAUCGCCCUUCCCCGCACAACCGUCAGCAUCCUCAUCGACAUCAUCCACUUUCUCACCCUCGACCCCCAAUCAAACCCACAACAAUGCGCUUUACUCUUCCUCUUCUUUUUCAGCAUCCAAGAGACAAGCACUCGGCGUUUCCAAUCGUGUAGGCAUGUCCGGCAUCGACGUCGACAUUGGCAAGAUGCUCGCAUCCAUGGACAAGCCGUCGCUGCUCUCGAUGCUUUCGUCUCUACUGAUGCAGUCCAAGGAUGCGACGCUGCCUGCACAGAUCUUGUCGCUGCUUCCAACACCUUCGCUCGAUUCGGUCGAAAGCUCGUUGGAUGAGCUCGAGAAGCCGAUUCGCUCAGCGAUUCCCUUUGUAGCGGAUGGCACCUCGGCGCGACACGAGUAUACAUGGUCGCGGCUGCGUGCACCUAUCGCUGCUUUCGUCGAUGCUGCGCUCGGCUACUUGCCCUUCUUCGUCACCGAGCUUGACUCGGACCGUGAGCAGCGACUUCGCGAGCGAGAUCCGCGACUGCAGGCCGACAGGGAAGAGGUGCAUCCCGCCACCACCUUCACGUUUCUGCUCAUGAUUACCAGUCGCGUUCUGCGCAUCGAAGCGUUGCUGCCGUCCGUCACCAAGUCGAGCCUCGCCUUCAACCUGUUCACCGCUUCGAGUCAGCAGACGUCGUUCGGGUUCGGUGGGGCUACAUCGACACCCACUUCGCCCACCAAAGCUAGCGGCGGGGCGGGAGCGAGCGAUGCAUACGGCAAGCAUAGUAAUCUGGCGCACAUGCUUGGCACUGAGUUCGCCUCGCCUUCGUCGCCCGAUGCGCUCAUGACUGUGCUCAUGCCGGCCAUACUCAAGCAAUGGACGACGCUGCUACAUCGGUUGGACAAGGCGGUGAAUGGAGACGGGCGCAUGUUUUCGCAGGAGGUUGUGCUUAACUGGGCCAGGGGGUUGGAGGCUACGGGCACGGCCGGGUUCGGCGGGCAGAGUGGGGUCAAGAAGGAUGUCGAUCAGCCCAAGCCCGAGGAGGUGCUAAUCAGGAAGGCCAUGGACGAAGUUAGGAACAGGCUCGAGAGGGAUCUGGCCUGGCUGGUCGGGGGCACACAGCACUACGCGGUUCAGAAGCGCGAUAAGCGCGCUAGGGGCAGUAGCAUGAGCGACGGCGCGAGGAGCUGUGACGGCAGCAUAGCAUGGUUUUUCGACGGUUGCAGUUUUCUUUGA